UUUCUUCCCAGUUUCCUUUCUGGCUUUCCCUCUUCUCUUGCUUCGCCCCGAAUUUUCCUCUCCCUCUCUCUCUCUCUCUCGAUUCUUCUUUUUUUUCCAUCGAUCUUUCUCACUUUUGCUUCCUCCAUUUUUUCGGCGGUGACGAGAGAACGCGGCGGCCGAAAGGCUAAGGGUCUACCUCUUUUCAUUCUCAAUUGUCGUCGAGAAAUCGUGAAUUUCUACCGGUUAUAGGGGCUUCCGUUUCGCAUCUGAAAAGUGAAGUUCUUUUCCUCCAUAUUUUUCUCGCUUUCGGUUUUCUGCGCUGUGAAUUCACGUCAAAAAUCGUGGUUUUGGCGAAAUUGUUGGUCCCGGCUUUCCUGAUCAUACCUUGAGUUCGUUUCGUGCUUUCUACUGUGAGAUUGGGUACCUUGGCGUUUUAGUUCAGUUCUCUCUCUCUCCCCCCCCCCCCCUUUUUCGUUUUCUCUUUGGUUCCGUAUCUGAAAACUUCGUGCUUUCUAAGCUUGGUUUCAAAGUUCUGGCAUCGGCUAUGCAUUGUUGUUCCGUUUGACGGCAAUUGCUUCUUUUUACUACUUUUGCCCACAUUUUUCCGUCUGUGUCGUUUUGUUGUGCUUCCUCGAGUAGGUCGAUGUUAAAAUUUGCGCGUUUUUUCUUGCUUUUGAGAAAUCACUCUUUGCGGCUUCAUCAUCGUUACGUUAGUUGAAUCCGAGGCAUUCAUCUUCUUGUUUGGUUUCCAAUUUUCUGUUUUUUUCCCCUUCUUUUUUUUAUAGUUCAGUUUCACUUUCUAUGGCGAAUCGUGCGAUUUGUUUAGAAGAGCUGCCAGCUCACUUACUUCUGGAAAUCCUGAAUUCGGGCCGCCUCCAAGCUGCUGACCUUGCUCGUAUAGAGGCCUCUUGUAGAACUUUUAGGGGCUGCCAAGCACUCCUAUUCCCGUCAAAGUUUGGCUCGUUGGUCGAAUUUGCUGCCUUUCAGCUCUGCAGAUCAAAUCCUAUGUUCCAAGCUUUGCCUUCGACAUCGCGUAGCGAGCUUUUUGAUCGCUGUGGCGGGAAAUGGAAGCUAGUCCUGAGAUUUCUGCAGUCAGUUGAACAGGCAUUCGGCACUGUCGAGACACCAACAGGCAAUUUUGAGAUCACUACAGGAAGAUACCACACACUUUUAGUGGAUGAUUCAUCUGCAUAUUCUUGUGGAUCUAGUUUGUGUGGAGUUCUUGGUCAUGGUUCAAAUACAACACAAAGUGGAGCAUUCAGCCGCAUUUCUUUUCCUUUUGGACUGACUGUGGUCCAUGUUUCAGCAUCCCAUAACCAUGCGGCUUUUGUCAUGCAGUCAGGAGAGGUAUUCACAUGUGGAGAUAAUUCAUCCUUUUGCUGUGGGCUUGGAGAAGUGGGGCAUGCUAUUUUUAGGCCAAGGCAAGUUGAAGCACUGAAAAACAUUCCUUGCAAGCAGGUUGCAACAGGCCUCAGUUUUACUGUCUUCCUUACAAGAAAAGGUCAAGUGUACACAUGUGGAAGUAACUCUCAUGGCCAACUUGGUCAGGGAGAUACUAUGGACCGGCCAACUCCAAAGAACGUUGAGUUAUUUGACAAUUUUGGUUCUGUCGUUCAAGUUGCUGCGGGAACAAGCUACACCCUUGCUGUUACUGAAGAUGGAAUUGUUUAUUCAUUUGGAUAUGGUUCCAAUUUCUGCCUUGGCCAUGGGGACCAACAUAAUGAGCUUCGACCAAGGGCUAUCCAUUCAUUUAAGAGGAAAAAUGUUCAUGUGCUCCGUGUCUCAGCUGGUGAUGAGCAUGCAGUUGCACUUGACUCCAUUGGAUAUGUGUACACAUGGGGAAAAGGCUACUGUGGUGCUCUUGGCCAUGGCGAUGAGAUUGACAAGACCACACCUGAGUUGCUAACAAGUCUCUGUGAAUGCCGUGCAGUACAGGUAUGUGCAAGGAAGAGGAAAACGUUUGUGCUGGUAGAUGAUGGGUCAGUUUAUGCAUCUGGAUGGAUGGGAUUCGGAAGCUUGGGGGUUUCUGACAGGGGCUGCUCCGACAAAGUUCUGAAGCCAAGAGUUCUUCAGACAUUAAAAGGACACCAUGUGUCCCAGGUUAGCACCGGAUUGUACCACACGGUGGUGGUUACCAACCGUGGCCUCCUGUUCGGUUUCGGAGACAAUGAAAGGGCACAGCUUGGGCAUGCUACUCUCAGAGGCUGCCCUGAACCUACUGAAAUUGCACCGCGGUGGAUGGUGGAUGAGAGUAAUCCUGUCGAAUGUGCUUAAGCUCUGGCAUCAAACAAAUCGUCACUGACAAACUGAUACUAGUUGCUAGUUCUGUACCAUAUACAGAAAAAAACUGUUUGGAUGUAACUUCGAAGUGUCUAGAACCCUAGGUGUGGUAUCUAAAUGUUGAAAACACCUGCAAGCUUGUCGGCCGGUUGGAUUGCCACAUCUUCCUUUUCCGUCUUUUUUGUGAGCAGUCUUGUAGCAUCAUUGUUUGUGAAUAAUAAAUUGUAUGUAUGCGAUGGGAGUCCAGACUCUGCAGAAAGGAUGGACUAUCCUUCUCUUUUUUGUAUUACAUGGAAAUGUGAAAUUUAGUUA